AACACCCAUGCACUCUGUGGUGCUAGUCUCUGUUCCUCUCAGUCAGGUGGAACCUAAAACCCUUUGCGUCUUCAUGCUGAGAUCCUAAAACUUCAUAUUAACCUGUCGGAAUGUGUUUGUCGUACUGAAAUCACUCAAGAUCCCGAUCGUCUGCAGGUCCUCAUCAGGGAGAGAUGGAGAACGGAGGGUCUGAAAACGUCCUAGAUGACGAGUGGGAGAAUGUCGAGAAGAACCGGUACAUCUUGUGCCGUUACAUUAACCCCAACAAGCUGACAUCGUAUUUAAGGCAGUGCAAGGUCAUCGACGAACAGGACGAGGACGAAGUGCUAAACUCCUUACUGCUGCAGACCAAGACAAACCGUGCAGGUCGACUGCUGGAUAUUCUUCACACUAAAGGCCAGCGAGGAUAUCUGGUAUUCCUGGAAAGUCUAGAGUUAUACUAUCCUGACCUGUACAAGAUGGUCACAGGCAAAGAACCCACUCGAAGGUGCUCUUCUAUCGUUGUGGAGGAGGGCCCAGAGGGUCUGACCCAGUUUCUAAUGAAUGAAGUGAUGAAGUUGCAACAACAGACUAAGGCUAAAGAUGUGCAGCGAGUAGACAUCAUGGCCAAGUGCCGCACGCUGGAGGACGAACAGAAGAAGCUUCGUCUAGCCAAUCAGGAACUGCGCACCUUCCAGGAGCGCUACAACAAGAUAAAGGAAGAGCGGAACAACUGCAACGACGAGCUCAUUAAAGUAAAAGAUGAAAAUUACCAGCUAGCCAUGCGCUACGCCCAGCUCAGUGAAGAGAAAAACAUGGCCGUCAUGAGGAGUCGAGAUCUGCAGCUGGAGAUUGAUCAGCUGAAGCACAAGCUGAACAAGGUAGAGGAGGAAUGUAAGAUGGAGAGGAGGCAGUCUCUAAAACUAAAGAACGAUAUAGAGAACCGUCCUCGUAAAGAGCAGAUCUACGAGCUGGAGCGGGAAAACGAAGUUCUGAAGAUCAAACUCCAGGAGCUACAGUCUCUCAUACAGCCUGGGCCGCUGACGGACUCAGACAAGGCACUCAGGGACAUCUUGGAACAUGACCGCCAGGAAGCUCUGGAGGAUCGGCAAGAUCUGGUGAACAGACUUUAUAACCUGCACGAAGAACUGCGGCAGGCUGAGGAGCUCAGGGACAAGUACCUGGAGGAGAAGGAGGACCUUGAGCUGAAGUGUUCCACUCUGGUGAAGGACUGCGAGAUGUAUAAGAACCGGAUGAACACCAUCAUGUUCCAGCUGGAGGAAGUGGAACGUGAACGGGACCAGGCGUUUCAAGCUAGAGACGAAGCCCAGAACCAGGUGUCUCACUGUCUGAUUGACAAAGACAAGUACCGUAAGCAGAUCCGGGAGCUGGAGGAGAAGAGUGACGAGCUGCACAUCGAGAUCAUGCGCAAAGAAGCUAAGAUUGUCACAUUAGAGUCCAGAAUACGGCGUCUGUCCAAAGAUCAAGGCCUGGAUGUUAGCCACGAUUGGAAAAGUUUACCUCGAGACAUUAUACCCAUUACUAAAUUCCACCAAUCCGAGCCUGCAGACACCAAGUCUGAGGACUCCGGGGAGGAGACUUUAGAGGACCUAACUAGCCCUGAUGUCCCACCAAAGAUUAAACGCAGACCAAAUCUCAAAUGGUUCCCCUACCCUCCUCAGAUAAGAGCGAAAUCGCCAAUCUCUCCAUCCAAACUACAAGACUUUCAAGCUAUGCUCCCUAAUGGGGACCUCUCAGACACUGUAAGCCCAGAUGCCCACCCCAUGAUCAUGAGCAACUCCUUUGCCAUACAACAAGCCCGUAACAGGAAUUACAGCAUCAUGUCGACCACACCUGAGCCUCCGGAGAAGGCCUCCAUCCUGAGAAGGACUAAAGAAGGAGACCAAGAAUUCCAGCCCCGAUGCCUUGACACAGUGGACUCUGAUGAAGGCAUGGAUGAUAUCGGUAUGUUUAGUCCACCUUCCAUCCACUCCUCUUCAUCCUCCCAUCAGUCAGAAGGGAUAGACUCUUAUGAUCUGGAGCAGGUCCACAACAUCUUCAGGAAAUUUUCUUUAGAGAGUGAGUGUGUGUGUCCUCACUCCAGACCCUUCCGUCCAUCUCUUACGUCCUGCGCUCGUCCUACCACUUUGCCCCCGGUGCAGGAGCUUUCUCUUGUCGGAGACUCUCUCCUAUCAGACAUUACCCUGGUCGGAGGCAACGACAGCGGGAUAUUCAUCUCCUCUGUCGUUCCUGGAUCCAGUGCUGAAAAGGCCGGCUUAAAAAUGGGACACCACCUUUUAUUGCUGAAUGGUUGUAUCCGUGGAGAAAGCCAGAGCGUAUCUUUGGACACGAGUACUCAGGAAGAGGCUCACUGGACACUGCAGAGAUGCACUGGUCUGGUCCAACUCCAUUACAGAAGUAACUUUGAGGGUUACUGGCGUCUGCUGAAGGACAUAGAGGAGGGCCGAGCAGUGUCGGGCGACUCGUUCUACAUCCGAGCCAACCUGAAUAUCUCGGGCCAGUUAGACAGCUGCUCACUAAACGUCCACUGUGACGAGGUGCUGCAUGUUUUAGACACGCGCUACCAGGGCAAGUGUGAGUGGCUGUGUGCACGUGUGGAUCCGUAUAUGGACAAGGACCUGGAGAAAGGCACCAUCCCCAGCUACAGCAGGGCCCAGCAGCUCCUCCUGGUGAAGAUCCAGAAACUGAUGUGUCGUGGCAGCCGAGAAGAGACAGAUACUCUGAGGGGACAUAGGAACACUUUGCAGCCUGAAGAAGUCUCUCCGUCUGACCCGAAGUGCAGUCCACGCCUGUCCAGAGCCAGCAUCUUCAUUUGUCAGAUCCUGCAGUUUGUCAGCAGGGCAGAUAACAAGUACAAGAGGAUGGACAGCAACGAUCGCGUGCGCAUCCUCAACGCCGGCAAUCUGUCAUUUCUUCCCAAAUCCGGCUUUGAAACCAUGAAGCCUGAGGAUUCCUCUGACUCGGAGAACGAUCUGAACAAGAACGAUCUAAACCUGAUCCCGUACAGCCCGGUGACACCACAUCACUGCCCACGCAAACGGCCCGUGCUCUUCUCUCCCAACAUCCUGGCCAAAACCAUCGUCCAGAAGUUCCUCAACUCAGGAGGUGCAAUGGAGUUCAACAUCUGUAAGCCAGACAUCCUGACAAGAGAAGAAUUCCUCAUGAAGCAAAAGAUAGAGCCGAUCAUCUUCUCAAAGGAAAGGCAGGCAAGCACGUACGAGUGCAUCACCCCUGAGAACAUCGAAGCUGUUGCAUUUAAGGGUAAACACUGUCUCUUGGAAGCAGAUCUGAGCUGUGCAAAAGAAUUACUUAGGAGAGAAAUCUACCCCAUCGUCAUCUUCAUCAAAAUCUGUGAGAAGAACAUCAAGAAAUUAAAGAGGCUGCCUCUGAAGGUGGACUCAGAAGACGAAUUCCUAAAGAUGUGCCGCGCUAAGGAGAAAGAGCUGGAAGCCCUGCCGUGUCUCUACGCCACUGUGGAGCCUGACUCAUGGAGCGGAGUGGAGGAUCUUCUCCGGUUCAUUAAGGACAAGAUCCUGGAGGAGCAGAAGAAAACAGUGUGGGUGGAGCAAGACCUGCUGUAGAUCACCUGACACACACACACGCGCACUCACACACACACACACACACACACACACACACACACACAGAGCCGCAGACACAGAUCUCUUUCACUGAUCUCUGAAACUCUGUCGCGUUUGUUGGCACUGGAAUGUAGAAGCAAGCCGCUGCAAUGCAAAGAGGAAGUGAUGCAGAGGUGUGUGGUUCCUGUGCAGUGAAAAAGAAAAUGUGCCCCAGGAUUGUCUUUUUUCUGACAACAGUCCCAGCCAGAAGUGGAAGCGUUCUCAUUCAAAGGAUUUUUCUAUCUCCUGACGUGCUGCUGCGCUCAAUAAAACAUUAUUUUCUUCACAUUGUAUAUGUAUUACCCAAUAAGGCACAGCAUUCUGAUAGAUUCCAUUCACUUUUUUUUUUUAAAUUUAUUUAUUUUUUUUAUCCCUUUGUAAAUGCUCACUGCAGCUCUCAUUUAUCAUCCUGAGUGACCACAAACAAGAUGAAUGUUGAUAAUUCGAAACCGAAUUUGAUGCCCUUAUCAUUGUAUUGCUUAAACGAUGGACCGGAGCUCUGAUUUAUUUUACUCCAUUGCUGUGUUCACAGUAUAUUUAUUUUACAGCCAACAUGCUGUGCAUUAUUUAAAAGAAAGUCUAUGUCAUUUCUACCCCAUGUUUGUCUAUAACUUGUCUUAGCUUGUUAUAGAUUCUUUCAUUAGGUACAGUAUACACAUGCUGUGUAAUCAAUAGUGCAUUUGGGGAAAAAAAAAACAUGCAGCAUUAAGUUUGACUGAACGAUGAAUCGUGUGAGUGAUUAGAAUAUGACAUGGAGAGAGAUGUUCUUCCGGAGCUGUAACAUUACAAAAGUUCCACAUGUAACUCACAGAAGAAGUAAAAAAAAAGGGGAACUAGGACCAUGUCAGUGAUUUGCCUCUGAAAGCCAGAUGUUCUCUCUGCUGUGAAAUUAAGGGCCCUCGAGCUUGACGUAGAAUCCUGUGAUAACUUUCACAUCAUUUCAAACUUGUGCAUAAUUAUAAAUGUGUUACUAACUAAUGUGUUGAUGGCAAGACACUACAGGUGUAGUCAAUAACGGAUAAAUGCAUAACAACGUCUUAAAAUGUAGCAAUCAACAAAUCAAAACUCGUCCCCGAUGUUGCCAGCUUUGAGGAACAAUCAUUUUAUAUCAUAUAAUACUGUACGUCCCGGAAAAACUUGGGAUAAUAUGCCUCAGUUCUUGUGACGUUUUUACAACCGUUUUUUUUCCUUUUCUCACAGUAGGGUUUUUAUAUAGUUCAUCUACUGCAUUCUUGCAAUUUUCCACCUUUAUUCCUUCCCACCUUUAUUCCUCUCUUAAAACUUAUUUAAGAAAGAAAUUUCCCC